AUGGCCACCACUGCCGCCCCCGUCGACACGACCGUCGCCGCCCCCGCUGCCGCGGUCGAGGCGUCGGUCCCCACCACCGUCUAUGCCCUUAUCCACGCCAUGCACGCGAGUGUCUCGGAGGAGGUCGACAGCAUCCUCGCGUGGGGAGAGCUCCAGAACCCCGCCGUCCAGUUCUCCGUCGUCAAGCCCUUUGUCGAGAGGUUUGCUCCCAAGCCCGUCAAGGAUGAGGUCGAGGAGAACGCGUCCAACAGCCUCGGCGCCGUCAUCUUUGCGCUCAUGGCCAACCGCCUCGAGUACGCCGCCCUCGCCGAGAAGGACCUCUCACAGUCCAACCUCCAGAACACCCGUGCCAUGUUCUGCGAAUACGCUGCCAUCAAGAUCCUCCGCGCAUGGCCCGACACCCAGGACGAGGAGGAGCUCACUGCCGAGCUCGUGCGCAACUUUGGUGCGCUCGACGGCGCUCCCGAGGAUAUCCUCAAGGCGGUCGACGCGGACGAGCUCGCCGAGGGCCGUGACAGCGCGCUCGAGCUGGCCAUCAUCUCUGACGCAAAGCACUUUUGCUCGCAGCCCCUGAUCCAGCACCUCGCUGGCGACAUUUACUCGGGAAAGAUCGUCUACCACCCUCCCUCGACCAACUCGUUCAUCUCGGACAACUACGUCUCGCCCAAGACCCGCCGUCGCCGCGACCAGCAGCGUUCGCCCUCGCGCAGGGGCUCGGUUGACUCGGACUUUGACGCCGACGCCGCCGAGGUCUACUCGUACAACCCUUACCUUGCCGGCUGGCUCGACUACACGCGUCUCCGUGUCCCCCGCUGGCGCCAGCUGCUCGAGUUCCUGUCCUUCUUCGGCCUCGUUGUCCUGUUUGUCUUGGUUCUUGCCAACCGCGAGCUCCAGACGUUUACAUUUAUCGAGGGCCUCUUCAUCGCCUACUCGUUGGGUAUCAUCCUCGAUGAGUUUGCGGCCGCCAAGGAGAGCGGCUGGCUCGUCUACUUUGCCAACGCCUGGAACGUCCUUGACGUGUCGUUUGUUGGCCUCUUCUUCGCGUACAUUGCCAUCCGCAUCCCGAGCCUCUGGUACCACUCGACCAAGCAGGCCGACCUCGCGUUUGACACUCUGUCCCUCGCUGGCUGCAUUCUUUUCCCCCGUCUGGUCUUCUUCUUCAUCAACAGCUCGGUCGUCAUUCUUGCUCUCCGCGGCAUGAUCUCCACCUACGUCAGCUUCAUGGCCCUUACUGCUGUCGCCUUUAGCGGUAUCGCCGUCUGUCUCUGGGAGCUCGCGCGUGGCAACAACGACACUCCCAACUGGACGUUCAAGCAGAUCAUCAAGCUUCUCUUCCAGAUCUGGUUUGGAUCGGCCACCUGGACCCGCGGCAGCGAGUUCCACCCCAUGUUUGGUCCCAUCCUGCUGUUUACCUUUUCCCUCCUCUGCAAGUCGUUCAUCGUGGUCAUCCUCAUGGGUAUGGUUUCAGCCAAGUACUCGCGCGUGUACAGCAACGCGUCGGAGGAGUACCUCUUCCAGCGCAUUGUCACGACCGUCGAGGGCGUCAAGUCGGAUGCCGUCUUUUCGUACAUUCCUCCCUUCAACCUGCUGGCCCUCGCCAUCCUCAUGCCGAUCAAGUACGUGGGCUCGGCUGAGACCCUGCACCGCGUCAACGUGUUCCUCAUCCGCGCGUGCAACUUCCCCAUCCUCUUCGCCAUCUCGGCGUACGAGCGCUACGCGUACCGCACCUCGCGCCGCGCCAUCCGCCUCACGGAGCGCGGCCAGGUCAAGGAGGCCAAGUCGGGCUUCUUCGGCUCCAUCCUCGGUAGCGGCUCCGAGUCGCUCAUCCACGCCGCGUUCGACCUCGCCCCUCCUCCCGCCACCCCGGCCGAGCCCGCCGCCGCUGCCGGCGCCGUGCCCUCGAGCUCGACCGCGCCUGCCGGCACCGACGUCGAGGCCGCGGCCGCCGCCAUCGUCGCCCCCGCCAAGAAGCCCGCGGCCGCGCGCGAGUCGCUCGCCCGCCUCUUCCGCGACGGCAGCAAGAACGCCAACACCGUCACCGUCACCGCCGAGGAGUGGAACGAGGUCCGCGCGUCCCAGAAGCGUCUCGAGGACAUGCUCGAAAAGGUCAUGGCCGUCACUGGCGCCGGCAAGUAA